AUGGAAGAAAAGAUGGACCAAAAUUCAUAUCCUCGCAUUUAUGUGGAGAGAACUCUGGCUCUCAUUAAACCCGAUGCCAUCCACAAAAGUGAGGAGAUUGAAGACAUUAUCCUCAAAUCGGGAUUCACAGUUUUGCAGAAACGGAAGCUGCAGCUAAGUCCAGAGCAAUGCAGCGACUUCUACGCAGACCAGUAUGGAAAGUUCUUCUUUCCCAGCUUGACAGCCUUCAUGAGCUCUGGUCCCAUCAUUGCCCUGACUCUGGCCCGCAACAAUGCUGUUGCCCACUGGAAGUCCAUCAUAGGGCCUGUCAACAGCACCAAGGCUAGAGAAACUCAUCCAGAGUGCCUUAGAGCAAAAUAUGGCACUUCUGACCUGAAAAACGCACUCCAUGGGAGUGAGUCAUUUCAUGCAGCUGAGAGGGAGAUCAAAUUCAUGUUCCCAAACUCUGUAAUUGAGCCCUUUCCCUCAAGAGAGGCAACUGAAGAAUACCUGAGCAGAUAUGUAAACCCCACUCUGCUACGUGGACUCACUGAGCUCUGCAAGCACAAGCCACACAACCCCUGUGUUUGGCUUGCUGACUGGCUGAUGAAGAACUGUCCAAAUAAGCCUCAAAUAUGUGAUGGAGUCAUUGUGGAACAAGCAGAAUGACAAGCGGUGGAAAAAAAUGGAAGAAUACAUAAUAUCAGAC